AUGGUGAAGGGUCGUGAGACACUCCGACUCCUGACCAGCCCCUUCCUCACUCAAGUCAGCUCAGACUCUGAGCGGCUCGCCGCCGCACGCAGGCGCAGAAAUCAAACUGACGGUGGACCGGCGGACCCAAAAUUCAUUGAACAUAAAUUGCAAAACGCGAAAAAAAAGGGGAGAGACCGUGUCUCACUAUCUUGCCCAGGCUGGAGUACAGUGGCUAUUCACAGGCGCGGUCCCACUACUGAUCGGCACGGGAGUUUUGACCUGCUCCGUUUCCGACCUGGGCCGGUUCACCCCUCCUUAGGCAACCUGGUGGUCCCCCGUUCCCAGGGGGUCACCAUAUUGAUGCCGAACUUAGUGCGGACACCCGAUCGGCAUAGCACACGGCAGCCCAGAACUCCUGGGCUCAAGCGAUCCUCCAGCCUCAGCCUCCCGAGUAGCUAGGACUACAGGCGCGCGCCACCACGCCCGGCAAGAGCGCAGGGCGAGCGGCAAGACCUCGAGACUGUGGACGCGAAUGACGUCAUUUGGAGAGCGAGGAGAGGGACUCGGAGGUUCGAGUGCAGCUUCCAUUCUAUAGAUGGCGAUGCUGAAAACUGGUACGUCUCAAAAGCUGCAAAGCAGGAACAUGACUAGCGCAUAGUAAGCACU